AUGCUUCGUCUAAUUCCAACGCUGUCACCCUCUCCGCUGAACUUGGCACGGACAGCGCAUAACGCGCGUAGUUUCUCUUCUACCGUCAACUUCGGCGCCUUCCACGCAAAAUGCAGCGCCACCGAUCCGACAAGGGAGUCAAAACUACCAUCCGGAUUCCUCAGUGAGCGCUUAUUCAAACACGCUGAGGAGCGGUCUAAAGUACACCUGGAGGCAGUACUCGGCGGGCUGCGAAUCCUCGACGUGGGCUGCGGCGGCGGAAUCCUGAGCGAAUCGCUGGCAAAAUCCGGGGCACACGUGCUCGGCCUCGACCCGUCUAAGGAUCUGAUACGGGUUGCAGAGCAUCACCGAGAACAAGACUUCGCAACGUUCAGCAAACGCUUUGGACUCCGUGACGACAGAUCUAGAAACGUACAGUACCUUGCGUCAACCCUAGACGACUUCGCCUGCAGCGCCGAAGCCACAAACUUUGACAUCGUUGUUGCGUCAGAAGUAUUGGAACACGUACCGAAUUCAUCUAAGCCUGCAUUUAUUGAGAAACUGAGUCAAGUGGUACGACCUGGGGGGAUGUCGUUCAUCGCACGGCUGGCUAGGCAGCGACCUGGGGAGCCCUUUGAUCCGUGCCACGACUCGAAGGUCGCCACCAAUCCGGAAUACCCCGAUUCCAUGACUCCACCACAACCGCCACUGUGUGCAGUGUGCUCAUCUCAGUUGACCUUCCUGAUCCAGAUGGCGACGCCGUACAGGGAUACCCACCUGCGUACGCUGUAUGUUUUCUUCUGCCCCGAGCAUUCGGAACAAAGUGAAGGCUGGCGCAUAUACAGGUACACUGUGGCCAAAGAAGUCUCUCGAGUGCCAAAGCAGUCCGCAUUUGACGAGAUGAAUUCGUUGUCAAGUUGGGUUGAUGACCUUGAGCUGUUUCCCACCGGAUCCGGGGGCGGCAAGCAGAAGGGCGCAUCGAGGGGAAUUCGAUCGGCUGGGGAAGAUAACGACGUAUAUCGUGUAAUCGUAGAAGAAGACUUUUAUACUCCACACGAUUUGCCAAUAGGCGAGGCUGACGCCUCGCGGCUGUUAGACGCCUACAAGCACCGUGACCCCGCGGAGGUCGACGAAGAGGAUCUUAUGGACCUAGAUACCAUCAAGCAGACGAGUGGCGCUGUGGACUCACAGCAAUCUGAUAGCGAACCUUCGUCUGACGAAUCCGACGAGGUGCAGGCUGAUCCCAUGCUGCUGGAAUUCCAGUAUUACGUGACCAUGCGUCCGAAUGCGGUAGGUGGACAGAGUAGUAAACGAGAUAACGGUUUCUCUAGGUGCUACGAUAUCAGUGGAACGGCAAACCGUUGCUGCUGCACACAAGUUUCACGUUCAGCCCCCGUUGCAACCGCUGCGGAGCGGACUGCGCCUUCGAAUUCCAACUGCUGCCCGCGCUAG